GUGAUUUUAUGUCACAAACGAUGUCAAAUCAACCGAAUUGCGUCCAAGAAUAUAUGUCGUAAAACUCCAAAUUCUGCAGCGUAAUCCAGCGCAAUCCGAAAGUAAAAUGUCAAAAACAUUACGACUGGGAUUGAUCCAGCUUGCAGUAGGGAGUCAGAAACUUGUGAAUGUCAAAAAUGCAAUACAGAAGGUGAAAGAAGCAGUCGAUCAAGGUGCCAAACUUAUAGCAUUACCUGAGUGUUUCAACUGCCCUUAUGGUACACAGUAUUUUGCUGACUAUGCAGAGACUAUACCUGGCCCUACCACAGAUGCUCUGGCGACUGUAGCCAAAGAGCACAAUGUGUAUAUAGUAGGAGGGUCUAUACCUGAGACUGCCAAUGGUAAAAUUUACAAUACAUGUGCAAUUUUUGGACCAUGUGGCUCUAUCAUAGCUAAGCACAGAAAGAUGCAUCUGUUUGACAUUGACGUUCCUGGGAAGAUUAGAUUCCAGGAAUCAGAGGUACUCACUGGAGGGAACAACUUUACAACAUUUGACAUGGGUGCAUGUAAAGUGGGCAUUGGAAUAUGUUAUGAUAUAAGGUUCCCUGAAAUGGCACAGAUUUAUGCUGAUAAAGGAUGUAGUCUACUGUUGUAUCCAGGGGCCUUCAAUAUGACCACGGGGCCUGCACAUUGGGAACUGCUUCAGAGAGCUCGGGCAGUUGACAACCAGCUGUUUGUUGCUACAGUGUCCCCUGCUAGAGACACAGGCGCCACCUAUGUUGCUUGGGGGCACAGCACAGCCAUCAAUCCAUGGGGUGAAAUAUUAGCAAAGGCUAGUCAUGAAGAAACCAAUCUGUAUGUUGAUAUAGAUUUGACAAAACUUCAGGAAGUGAGAGACUCUAUACCUGUAAAGACACAAAAACGAUCAGAACUUUAUUCCCAGACGAAAGAUUUAACAAAUUGAAGUACAACAACCCGGAGAACAACGCUGUGCUCAAAUCCCGAUGAUGCUCCAUUCACUGCUUCAUGAAUUUCGUUUCAAAAAAUUCAUUAUUGGGGAGUAACCUAGUGAGCCUAUUUUCCCACUCUGAUAUAUUUCAUUAUUCAUUGGAAGCAAGGUGAUUUACAAAUGAAAGUUCAAGGCAGAAUAUGCAAGAUUGACCAGAAUAACCAGUUUUUCUUCGGUCCCGGUUUUGGACACCCUGUA